AUGAGUUAUCGUUGUUGGCGUUACAUUCAUGAUCUUGUAAAUGAGUUUCAAGAACCGAAUACAUCUUUGGCUAAACGCCAUUACAAUGACGUCAAAUACACAAGCUUAAUGUUGUUCAACAAGAUAGUGGAUGCACUACGCAAGAGACAGAGAGGAGACGGAGCUGGAUGCUCGUGGUUUGACACGGUCUUAGAAGCGUCGAAGAUUAUUGAAGAGACUACAUUGAUGAGAGAACAAAUGAGAGAUGAUGAAGCUAGAUACAAGCAGGAUCUGAUUAAUUGGCAUUGCAGUGAUGAGGGAAAGAUGAUGUAUCGGAUUCCUAAUAAGGUUAAGACGUUUAAGCAAUUUCGAAAGAAGACUUGUAAAGUGAAGGACUACGCUGUCGAGAUUGUCACAAAGAUGUAUCGAUUGGAUCAAAUCAACCGGAAGGAGAUGAACGAGGAGGUUCCAACCCAGUCAAAUUUUGAAUUUGAAGACAAGCCGGGGGAUGCCCAGGAUGCUGAGGCUGUGACCCGAGUUCAGACGUGGUGA